AUGGCUUUUGCUGGAGUACUUGCAUUUGCCACGCGUUUGUUUUCUGUGUUGCGCUAUGAAUCCGUUAUUCAUGAAUUUGAUCCGUAUUUUAAUUAUCGUACAACGAAAUUUUUAGCCGAUGAAGGAUUUUAUUCAUUUCAUAAUUGGUUCGAUGAUAGAGCAUGGUAUCCUCUAGGAAGAAUUAUUGGUGGAACAAUUUAUCCAGGCCUUAUGGUUACAUCGGCUGCCUUGUAUCAUUUUUUGCGAUGGUUUCAUAUAACAAUUGAUAUUCGAAAUGUUUGUGUGUUUUUGGCACCAUUAUUUUCGAGUUUCACAGUUAUUGUUACCUAUCUUCUUACCAAAGAAUUAAAAAAUACCGGUUCUGGUUUGGUAGCUGCUUGUUUGAUAUCAAUUGUACCUGGUUAUAUAUCUCGUUCGGUUGCUGGUUCUUAUGAUAACGAAGGUAUUGCCAUAUUUUGUAUGCUAUUAACCUAUUAUUUAUGGAUUAAAUCAGUUAAAACCGGAAGUAUUAUGUGGUCAGCUUCAGCUGCAGUAGCAUACUUUUAUAUGGUUUCCUCUUGGGGUGGCUAUGUAUUUUUAAUUAAUUUGAUUCCAUUACACGUUCUUGUCUUAAUGAUUACCGGUCAUUUUUCUCAUCGUGUUUACGUUUCUUAUUCAACGGUUUAUAUUCUCGGAACAAUCUUAUCAAUGCAAAUACCAUUUGUUGGAUUUCAACCUGUACAAUCAUCGGAACAUAUGCUUGCAUUUGGUACAUUUGGUUUAUGUCAAUUGUACUCAUUUGUUGAAUAUGUAAGAUCAAAAUUGUCAGCAAAACAAUUCGAAACAUUAUUUACAUUUGCCUUAAUGACCGUUGGUGCUGCAGUAGGAGUUGUGGGAUUGAUACUAUCAGCUAGUGGAAAAAUUGCUCCAUGGACUGGUCGUUUUUAUGCUUUGUUAGAUCCAUCCUAUGCUAAAAAUCAUAUUCCUAUAAUUGCUAGUGUUAGUGAACAUCAGCCGACAGCAUGGAGCUCAUUUUACUUUGAUUUUCAAUUAUUGGUAUUUAUGUUCCCAGUCGGAAUUUAUUAUUGUUUUAAAGAAAUAACGGAUGCAAAUAUUUUUAUAAUUAUGUAUGGAAUGACGAGCAUCUACUUUGCUGGUGUUAUGGUCCGUUUGAUGUUAGUAUUGGCACCUGUUAUGUGUAUAUUAUCUGGUAUCGGUAUUUCAAGUGUAUUAGCAACUUACAUGCGAAAUUUAGAUGUGACACCAUCUAAACGAAGUGGCGCUGCAACUGGUGAUAAAACUGUUAGUUCGAGAGCUAAACGUUCAGAUGAUUCCUCAACGUAUCCAAAGAAAAAUGAAAUUGCAUUUGGUGUUAUAUGUUUAAUGACAUUUUUUCUUAUGACAUACACAUUUCAUUGUACAUGGGUUACAUCAGAAGCAUAUUCGAGUCCAUCGAUUGUGUUGUCAGCUAGAGGUGCCGAUGGAUCGAAAUAUAUCUUUGACGAUUUCAGGGAGGCAUAUUGGUGGCUUCGAUAUAAUACAGCUGAAGAUGCUAAAGUGAUGUCAUGGUGGGAUUAUGGAUAUCAAAUAACAGCAAUGGCAAAUAGAACAAUAUUAGUGGAUAAUAACACUUGGAACAAUACACAUAUAUCGAGAGUCGGACAGGCAAUGUCAUCUACCGAGGAUAAAGCUUAUGAAAUAAUGCAAGAAUUAGAUGUUGAUUAUGUGUUGGUGAUAUUUGGUGGUCUUAUUGGUUAUUCAUCGGAUGAUAUUAAUAAAUUUUUAUGGAUGGUUCGAAUUGGUGGAUCAACUGAGAAAGGAGCACAUAUUAAAGAAACAGAUUACUUUACACCGCAAGGAGAAUUUAGAAUUGAUAAGGAAGGUUCACCAACACUUUUGAAUUGUCUUAUGUAUAAAUUAUCUUAUUAUCGAUUUGGUGAAACAUACACAGAACAAGACAAACCACCUGGAUACGAUCGUACACGUUCUGCUGAAAUUGGUAAUAAAAAUUUUGAAUUAGAAAAAUUAGAAGAAUCUUAUACCACUGAACAUUGGCUCGUACGAAUAUAUAAAGUGAAAAAAUUAGAUAAUCGAGGACAGUAA